CAACGACCGUUCACGUUUGGUGUUAAGUAUGGUCUCCGGAGCUAUAUUCUUUGGUACUCCCAGUACCGGUAUGCCACGCACAAGUGUCGAGAUUCUGUUUGGGAAGCGCCCCGAUCGAGACCUUUUCAUGGAUCUCUCGGAUCGAUCACAAUUCCUGGGCAAUCUCGAAAUACAGUUCGCUGGCGUGUCAUAUCUUCAGCGGGCAAAGAUGUUCUGGGCUUAUGAAGCUCAGCCGUCCGAGGUCGUCCUACCAAACAUGACUCCAAACCAAGCAGGCACUGUCUCCCAAGUCCUGGUCGUGGAUGAGGCCUCGGCCACAAGCAACCGCUGGAGAUCCGAGGCAACGUCGGUCUUUCAGAUCAACGAAAGCCAUUCGGGAAUGAUCAGGUUCGGCCUUGGUGAUUACAGGAUCCAGGUUUUGGUUGACAAAAUUCGAGACAUUUGCUGGUCAGACCGUGCCAUAGCAGGCCUGGCCAAGACACUUCGAGACAGCGAUCUUGGAAACUUGAGCGAUCAUGCUCUUCAAACCACUGGGCAUGACGACGUGAUCGAAGAGGGAAGUCUGGUCACGGCACAGGCCCCACCACCCCCAGUAUGGCAAUACGAACUCAUAGUAGAAUCCCUACGACCUCCGCAAGAAAAUAAACGCCUGGAACAGAUUGAAGCAAAUUUCCGUCACACCUUCAAUUGGGCAUACGAGGACUCUUCGAUUGGCCUUUCAAAGUGGCUCAGGGACGGUUCGGGCAUCUUCUGGGUCAGUGGUAAACCUGGCUCCGGCAAGUCGACCUUCAUGAAGUUCCUCCUGAAUGAGCGACGCACGUCUGAGCUUCUUCACAACUGGCGCUCGACCACACGCCAGAUCGUGGCCAACUUCUUCUUCCAUCACCGCGGGACACUUAUGCAAAAGUCAUUUGAGGGACUACUAAGAGAGCUUCUGAGUCAGCUGUUAAGAGCAGAGCAAGCGCUUUACCCGAUCUUGGGCUCGAUGCUUGAUGCCCGACUGCAGGAGACUAUCUUGGCCAAUCGAGUUGGUUCUCUCGCCACAGAUGUUCGUGGAUUUCUGUACAGCUUUCACGCUCGGAACCUCCCAGGUCUCGCAUCACAGCUCAUAGCUCUACUUGCCCUCGAUCCCGCGGCAGAACUCGACACCGCGCUGACCGAGAUCAUGUCUGAGCUGAGCUCGGAAUCUCGACUUGCAUUUAAACGCAUUCUGCUCGUCGAUUUUGACAGUUUCUCGAACCCAGUAGGAAUGAAGGAGACCAUUGAGCGUGAGACGGAACGUGUACGGCGCAGUCUGCCCGAUUCAGACCCUAUGCGUGUUCGAAACGUCAUUUCCACAUGGCGCGAUAGGGUUGACCUGGCUAGGAAGAUCCGGGAGUUCCUUGCUCAGCACAAAUUGGAUAAGGUUGAUCCGAAAUCUACACCUCUUCAAGAAGCAGCGAGAGAUCCUGCUACGCUCCUGCUGUCAAGAACGAAUGUGCAGGACCAGCUUAUCAGAGACCUGGCUGUCAGGGAGAAACGUCGCCAGAAGAUCCGACUUGAUUUACAGCUGAACUGGUCCCAGACUGCUCUUGAGGAGUGCCUUCGUCGCGUUUUCGAUCAGGAUAUCAAAGACCUCCGCAUCUGCCUGUUCUUUGAUGCCCUGGACGAGUACGAUGGGCGGCCCGAGGUGAUAGCUGGUUUCCUUCAAGAUCUGGUGAAGAGCUCUCCAUCUUCGAGGACUCAGGCCAGGGUAUUGUUUUCGAGCAGGCCCUGGGCUGCUUUCCAGGAAGAAUUUGGCCAGUGCCCUGGCUUUCGAAUCCACGAGCAUACCAAAGAGGAUAUCCGUGAGUAUUGCAAUGGUAUCCUUCGCAACGACAAAUUGGCCAGCUCUCUACUGCUACCUAUGGCAGAAGAGAUCGCGACUCGAGCAAAGGGGGACUUGAGCUCGGUGGCAGCUCGUACAGAUCCGAGUAACCAAAACAUUGGAAAGCUACUCUACCAGUGCCUGGAGGCCGUUCCGGACGAACUGGACGAAUACUACACCACCAUCGUGCAGCGGCUACCCAAGUCCUCCACGAAAGAAACAUAUAUCCUCCUCGAAUGCCUGUCCAAGGACAGUGGGGAUCUCAAACUCGACCAAGUGCCGUUGCUCAUCAAGAUCGCCCAGAGUCCGACAUUUGUGGGGCGUGGUAUGAUAUUCCCAUCCAGCGCCAAGAAAGUAGAUGUGUACCUCAAAUCAAUCUCGGGAGGAUUGGUAAAUGUGGUCUCUGGCAAUGGCGAUGCUUCUAGGCACAUGUCGGGAUCAACACAAGCCGUCGUCGAACCGCAACCGACCGACUUGGUACAGCUGAUGCACCAGACGUGCAAAGAAUGGACGGAAGAAGCUACAUUCAAGCACAUUGUCCUCGGAGAUCGGGCGAACACUGCCUGGGAGAACGGACACAGCUUCAUGGCCAAGUACCUUGCAUAUCGAAUGGUGGAACGCGGCGCUCUGUCGCUACACGCCGACGUAACGCGUCAUCUUGUAGCAGCUGAGAGGACGACGGGCGUCAGUCAAUACAGGUUCCUUAGCAGCGCCCCGAAGCGUUUCUAUACCCUGCUCGGUCGCUCUGGCCUCGACCUUGCGGUUUCGGCAGGGCUCCGCUUGUACCUGACGGACUUGGUCCACUACCGACCUGAAGACAUUCGCAAUUGCACAGAGAGCCUCUUCACGUUCCUAUUGGGUCGACUCCGAUGGCACAAGUCAGGGCGGAGCCAGCACGCUGCUUUGGUGGCCGAGAUCGUGGAUACAGGCCAGUUCCUGCUGCGUAAUGGGUACCAACUGCAAGGGGACUAUUCCGGCAUCUCCGAGCUCAUGAUGCGGCUAUGGGACAGUCCCGACCAGAGAACGACCCUCCUGUUCGCUGAGCUCGUCAUGACGGCAGUACAAACGAGCCUUUCGUUGGACGUCUUUGUCGAGGGCAUCGUAGGCUACUUUGCGCCAGGAAUCCGAUGGAAACUGCUCCAUCUGAGCCCCCCAGCACUUGCAGAGUGGUUGAUUGAGACCCAGGGAGCCCAGGUCAACAUUCUCAACAGCGCCGGCCAGACCCCUCUCGACUACCUUUUCGACCCAGAGUCUGUCCACUCGACGCACAGCUACGGGACCGACUGGCAAUACAGGCUGCUCAGUCUCUUUGUGCAGCACGGCGGCCGCUUUGCACGACCUCCGCAGGCGUCACACAUCUUGCAGUUCUCUCAGAGACUCUCGGGCCUGGGGUUCGACGUCCACGCCCUCAUCGAGGCUGUCGCUCCGGGCUUUUUCUGGAAUGCCUGGAAUCAAUCACCACCGCCGCCACCACCGCCACCACCACCAUCACUACCACCACCACAAGCACUACCAUCAGUUUGGCCCGCCCCAGCGGCGAACUAUGCUUGGAAUAUUCAGUUCGAACCUGCUGCUGGCCCCGACAACGACUCUUCAGGACUGGGAAAGCAGCAGGUGCGCAAGCGAGAGAAGUUGAAGAGUUUCUUCCGGGUCAAGUCAGACCGGCGGCGGUCGGCUUCUCCCACCUACGGUCAGGCUCAGUUCAGCCCAUACGGCGGGACUUGAAUGGUUUACUUCUUUCUGGUUCUAGUUUCUAAAAAAGUAAAAAAUAACCAAAAACUACUGCAGGCAUUGGAUGGUUGUAGAUCAAUACUUGGGCCAGUGUUUGUUUGUUUGUUCGAGAGGUCCGAACCUUGGAUCAAUGUACAUGGAUUCAUGCCUGGUACUUUGGGGGUACGGAUAAGGCGAUGGACGGUUCCUGGUGACGAAGAACACGCUCAUAUCGUCAAGAUCCAGUAAGCAUCAGGGGUUUAGUGGUAUAAACCACUGUUGUAAUGGCAAUUUUUCCGGAUUCUGUUGCCUCUAGAAGUCGCUGAAGCAGACAAUACAUUGUGGUACAUCCUCCA